AUGAGACACUCAGACGUGAAUGUGCCCAUAGAACCGCUCAACCAACCCAUCGUUGGAAGAGAUGGCUACACUGGUCUCAACCCCCACACAGAGACUCUUCCAGAAGGCUGGAGACACCCAGAAUAUCCAGACGCCCGUCCUCUGCCUUGCCCCAUUGUGGUAGAGCACGACAUAGCCAUCAAAGUACGCGACGGGACGACCCUUUACGCUGACGUACUCCGCCCCAGUUCCCCGUCUGCAAAAGUACCGGCCAUAAUCUGCUGGUCUCCAUUUGGCAAGAAGUUCAAUGGGAUAGCGUCCUUGGGGCUCAUGACACCAUGGGGUCUCGGAAUCCCCCCUGGCACACUCUCGGGCCUUGAAAAGUUCGAGGCUCCGGAUCCGGCGGACUGGGUUCCUCGUGGCUACGCCAUCGUCAAUGUCGACACUAGAGGGGCUUUUGAUAGCGGAGGAACCAUGGUUAUCAUGGGAACCCAGGAGGCCGAGGAUGGCUAUGAUACUAUCGAGGCCGUCGCCGGGAUGGAAUGGUGCAAUGGCAAAGUCGGCCUCGCAGGGAAUUCUCACCUCGCGAUAGCACAGUGGUUCAUCGCAGCGCUCCGACCACCGAGUCUCGCCGCUAUCGCUCCGUGGGAGGGAUGUGGUGACCUCUACCGCGAGCAGUUUGCCCGCGGCGGCAUUUACGCCGGAGACCUCUUCGACAAGCUUAUUGUCAAGUAUAUGCUCAAGGGCCGCAACGGGCUCGAGAGCUUUCGUGACAUGUACGAGGAACACCCGCUGGCCAACGAGUGGUGGAACGACAAGAGGCCGGACAUGAAGAAGAUCAAUGUGCCAACCUACAUCACGGGAACUUGGACAAACACAAUGCACGGGAUGGGUGCCAUCAGGGCUUGGAUGGAGGUUGAUACCGAGUCCAAGUGGUUGCGUUGGCACCCCUGGCAGGAAUGGUAUGACCUCUGGGGAAACGCACAAGCCAAGGAUGAAUUACUUGCCUUCUUCGACCACUUUCUCAAGGGCACUGACAAUGGAUGGGAGAAGACCCCCAAGGUCAGGAUGUCGAUCUUGAGGUUCGGCAACAAGGUGCCGCAGGCGAUCGAGAACAUUAUCGAAGAGGACUUCCCACCUCCAAGGACGGAAUACAAGAAGUUUCAUUUGGGAAGCGAAGGGAGAUUUUUGCUUGAUGGGCCGCAGGAAAACGCCAGCAGUGUCAGCUAUCUUUCGACUGCUGGCGAGAGCGUGGCAUUCACGUAUACCUUUCCGGAGACGACGCGCAUUAUGGGCAUGCCUAAGGCUGUGCUAUACAUGUCCUGUCCAGACCACAACGACAUGGAUGUAUACGUCAUGAUCCAAAAGAUGGAUAGGCAGGGCAACCAGAUGACGAACCUUAACAUUCCCUGGCAAGGCUUACCAAUCAAGUCCUUUGGCGAGUUCAAACCCGAGCAGGAGACCGAGGUCGUGCUAUACAAAGGUCCGGUUGGCAUUCUCCGGGCCUCGCAUCGCGCCAUUGACGAGGGAAUAAGCAUGCAUCCGCACUGGCCGUACCACCCGCACGAGGUGGAGGAAAAAGUCGAGCCGGGCAAGGUGGUGAGGUUGGACAUUGGCAUCUGGGCCACGGGGAUUGAGUUCGAGCAAGGCGAGGGAGUGAAGCUUGUUAUCAGCGGGCGGAACUUUGGGGUGAGCAACUUCGGAGUUGAUCGGACAUUAAACAAAGGGAGGCACAAUGUGCAUUUGGGUGCAGAGUCUGGGAGUUUUGUUGUGCUUCCGUUUGUUUGA